GUGAACCUGUAGAGAGCAGCAUUUGAUAUAAUCACAUACUUCUAUACCAUCAGCUCUUCCUUACAGUAAAGGGGGCGGAGCGAUUAUAGUAAAGCUCGUGCAUUUUCCUGUCGUGGCAGCCGAAACAUUAUCGUUUUCACACAUAGCCAAACAAAUGAUGUACUAACUGCUUCUAAGUGGAUAUAUUCCGAAUGUAAGCUGUUAUUUUAACUAGUUCUCAGCGGUUUGCAAGCGUAUCGCAACGCGCUGAACAGCGAUUCGCGACGAAGACCGGUCGUUAAGGAGCCUGGAGUGACUUCAGUGUACCAUUUCGCAUUUUGGAAGCAGGUUGUCUUUAUUCAUAAGGAAGUGGGUAUAAAGGCGUUUGAUUCAGAGCCAGAAAUACAUUUGGGGUAUGUCACCAUGACCCGUCCUAUAGCAGUUGACUGAUACUGACCCUGCAUAUGCUGAGCAAAGCGGCGGGGGUCGGGUCCGCCUCAGUCUCGUGUGAUUGGAUGCUGGAUGGGAUCAAGGUGAAUGGAACACAAAGAGCAGGAGCUUAACCUGCCAGAGGGAGAUGAGACACGGUGGCCGAAUGGAGUGAAAAGAAAAAGAAAGAAUAGUCAAUGCUCUAUAAAGAGCACGUCUGUGAAUAGCAUCUCUGUUCUAGGGUAUGUUCCCAGCUACCUGGAGAAAGAUGAGCCAUGUGUGGUGUGCGGGGACAAGGCCACCGGCUACCAUUACCGCUGCAUCACAUGUGAGGGCUGCAAGGGUUUCUUCAGGAGGACAAUACAGAAGAAUCUUCACCCUUCCUAUUCUUGUAAAUAUGACAGCUGCUGCAUCAUUGAUAAAAUCACCCGAAACCAGUGCCAGCUGUGCCGUUUCAAGAAGUGCAUCUCAGUGGGCAUGGCCAUUGACUUGGUGCUGGAUGAUUCAAAGCGUGUGGCCAAGAGGCGUCUGAUCGAGGAAAACCGGGAACGGAGGAAGAAAGAGGAGAUUGUGAAAACACUGCACAACCGACCUGAGCCCACUGCCUCGGAGUGGGAGCUCAUUCGUAUGGUGACGGAGGCUCAUCGCCACACCAACGCCCAGGGCCCUCACUGGAAACAGAAACGCAAAUUCCUACCAGAAGACAUUGGGCAGUCUCCAGCACCCACAUCAGACAACGACAAAGUCGACCUGGAGGCCUUCAGUGAGUUCACCAAGAUUAUCACCCCUGCCAUCACACGAGUCGUGGACUUUGCCAAAAAACUGCCCAUGUUCUCUGAGCUGCCCUGUGAAGACCAGAUUAUCCUGCUGAAAGGCUGUUGUAUGGAGAUCAUGUCCUUGCGUGCAGCGGUGCGGUAUGACCCAGAGAGCGAGACACUGACCUUGAGUGGAGAGAUGGCUGUCAGUCGAGAGCAGCUGAAGAAUGGAGGGUUAGGAGUGGUGUCUGAUGCCAUCUUUGAUUUAGGCAAGAGCCUGUCACAGUUCAACCUGGAUGACUCAGAGGUGGCGCUGCUGCAGGCUGUACUGCUCAUGAGCUCAGAUCGUUCUGGACUCACAUGUGUGGAAAAAAUCGAGAAGUGUCAGGAGAUGUACCUGUUAGCAUUCGAGCAUUACAUCAACCAUCGCAAGCACAACAUCUCUCACUUCUGGCCCAAGCUGCUGAUGAAGGUGACGAACCUGCGCAUGAUCGGUGCCUGUCACGCCAGUCGCUUCCUGCACAUGAAAGUGGAGUGUCCCACAGAACUCUUCCCCCCGCUCUUCCUGGAGGUCUUCGAGGAUCAGGAGGAAGCGCUGGAGAGGCAGCACAGGAAGAUGGCUCCUGCAUAAGGCGAACCUCAUUCCGGUCCCCGUGCCUCCAAACCUGACCCGUUCAAGUGCAACCGUACAUCUCAUGCAAGAACUUUACAUAAACUCUUGCCCAGCAAAGGACACAGCCAGACCCCCGAAGCAUCUCUUCAAAUGGUUUAACCAGUUUAUUUUUUUUCUGGUUCAAAUGCAUAGCAGGGUCCUUUUUGACCGAUACUGUGUCAGUAUGGCUCCAGGAAGUGAGGCAUGGCUUCUGUGAAAAGUGACACAGAGGAACAAAAGGGCAGAAAGGACAACCUCACUGUGACUAGCUAAACUCAGGCACAGAGCUCCCAUGAGGCCCCAGGCCAUGCACCUGACUCAGGCUCAAUCCUACCCACCAGCACUGCAGACAUGCACUGCCCACAGUCUCAAUCUACUGCACCAGCAAGGGUCAGCUCAGCUGAGCCCUGCCCACAGACCCUGCUUUUGAUAACGGGGAAUCAGGAAGCCAUUUUUUUGUUUGCUGGAUGUACAAACCUGGUUUACAACACUUUUAUUAGAACAGAAUUCAGUCCUACACCUAGCCAGAUUGUGAAUAUGUUGAUUGAGACUUUGACUCUUAAAGGGGUCAUAUCAUGAUAUUUUGAAAUAAAAGUUUAUUGUGGUGUGAAACCAUACUGUAA